GUGCUACCGGAGCAGCAGCGGUGGGGGGACAUUCACGCUUUCACCGUCCGCUGAAUCGUCUCUCUGUGCGGCCAGCUUUACCUCGUCGGACCCGUAAGUGAAGAUGGCUGAUCUAAAGGCUAAAUUUGACGCUGCAGCAGAGGAGGUGAAGCAGCUGAAAGCGAAGCCUGCCGAUGAAGAGAUGCUGCAAGUCUACUCGCUGUUCAAGCAGGCCACCGUGGGUGACGUCAACACAGCUCGUCCAGGGAUGUUUGAUUUCACUGGGAAAGCCAAAUGGGACGCCUGGGAGAAGCAGAAAGGCAAGAGCAACGAGGACGCCAUGAACGAGUACAUCAACCUGGUGGAGCAGCUUAAGCAGAAGUAUGGAGUCUAACAUGCUAUUAGAACCACAAACUGACCGGGCCAACUGCUGGAUGGACAGAGUCGUGGGACCAUCACGUGUCGGCCCUCAGCCCGACGCUGUGAAAUGCCUUAAAACCCUAAUGAGUGUGUCCUUACGUAUUAAAAUAUGAACGCCUGCUGGACUGCUCACCAGUGGUCACAGUGAGAUUAGAACAGAACUGAAGAACCACUGAUGGACGACUAGAGACUGUCCUCCACCAGAGUACCAACUCACAUUUCAGUUUCCAACCAUGUGUAUCUGCACAGAAUCCUGUCAUUUCAAUAUAAAAUCACUCUUCUUUA